ACCGGAGGGGAUGUCUUGGUACAGGCAGCUAGGGCAGAGAGAAGGCUCGGCGAGCUGAGGCCAGAGGGGUGUUGACUGGGUUGGGGUGUUUGUGUUAGGUAGGCGCAAGGCUCAGCUGACUGAACUGUCUAGCGUGAGCGGUGACAGCUGCCUCCUCCUAAGCACCCAGCCAUUAGCACAGCAACCCGCCGCUCACUUUACAUUUCCUGCACGAUCCAAAAGGCACCCUGCAACAAUGAGUCACCCUCACCCUGGGUCACUCACAACCUACAACAGCCUUACAGACAAACACUUGGUUGGAUACUUCAGCAAUACAAGAAUAAGACGGCAUCUUCAGCGAUCAGGGCUGAUCUCAAGAAGUGGGAGAAUAAUAUCUGAAAAGGAGUAUCGACUAAAUGCUAUGAGGAAGGAUCACCAAAGAUAUGUACGGGAAUGCCUAGCUCAGGCCAUAUUUCACAAAGUCCUUGACAUGGAGGAUUUCUUGCAUUGGCAGCGUCAUCAUCAGCUAGAAAUUAAAAGAAAACUGGAAAAUGUUGUGAGAAAGGACCGGGUUCAGAGAAUCAAGGUGGAACGAUCAAGAAGAUCAGUGGAAGAUAUUAAUCCUCUGCUCUCUCCACACCCCCCUGCUGCUCCAAGGAAUCACUAUGGACGCCAUGCUUUAGUUGAUGGAGAGCAAUCCAGUCCUUCUCAAUCAUCUUCCUCUCCUCGGCCAAACACUGCACCAGGAAAUAUGCAACGCCCAGUCCGUCUACAGCCACUUCCUGGAUAUCCCACAGCAGGAUCCACACCCAAGACUUCUUCAAGAUCCAAACAAAAGCUCUUGGAACUUGAACAUGAUCAUCAGUUUCCCAGUGGGGGAGAUAAAAGCAUGAUGAGGCUUAUGAACUCAGGGGAUUAUUCAGCUGGAUUAUCCCCAUAUCAGCUUCCCAUCAUUAACAAUUACAUGAUACCGGUGCCACCUCCACCCCAAAAAGGAGAUAAGAACAUAAAGGGAGUUAGGCAUGGGACUUCCAGGAGGAGACGCUUUCGCCCAACCACCGCACCCAAUGGCUUAGAGCAGCUGUUAACAAAGGACUCAGGAAAAUUCCACAAGCCCUCAUUACACAGCAAUGCAUCUGUUACAAUGAUCUACUUAGGAAAAAGUGUGCACUUGUCUCAUGAUGACACUGAUUACAGAGAUGAAAUCAAAGUCUAUCAGCAACAUUGUGGAGGAGAAAACCUUUGUGUCUACAAAGGCAAGCUAUUGGAAGGAGAGACCUUUCAUUUUACCUCAAAGCGCCACCAUGGUUUCCCCUUCAGUCUCACCUUUUUCCUCAAUGGGAUACAGAUGGACAGGCUGAGCUCCUGCUGUGAAUACAAGCAUCGGAAGAGUGCGAGACUGGGAGGCAAGCAUGGAUACUUUGGCUUUGUGAAUGUGGACAGAGCGUCUCCUUGCUAUAGGUGUAUUAUUGCAAUGGGCCUGGACAAAAAACCCUCUCCUCCAAAGAAAAAGAUGAAAGAAGACUAUGGAGAAAAGCAAGAGGAUUCUGUGAAAGAUGAAGAGCACAAUGAGCCAAGUGAGGGCAGCGUCGAGCAAGAGGCGACCAAACACUCAACUGUUGAAAUACCAUCAGCUCAUGGAGAGGGUCAGGAGCCUGCAGUGGAAAUUGGAGAGGAGGAAAGAGAAGAAAAAACACAAAAAGGACCAGAGAAUGGAUCUGAAGAUGACCAGGAAAAUGCUAGUAAAGAUGAGUAUGAUGAAGAUUUUGAAGCAGAUGAAGAGAGAUCAGAUGAGAAAGUUAAUGAAGAAGGACAGACUGAUGAUCAAAUGAAUGGAAUGUCAAAGUCACCCUCGGAUGAUGAAAAAGAUAAUUUAGACCAUGAAAAGGAGAGUAAAAGCUCAUCACAGAAGGCAUUACAGGCCUCUGACAGCGAGAAAGAAGAAAGUGAUGGAUACUCGAACAGUGACUCAGAGGAAGAUAAACAAGAUAGGAAGUCUGCAUCCUCUCUCUCAUCCAGCAGUACUCUGUAUAGCAGUGAAGACGACUCUGAAGCUGAAAAGACGAAAGACCAUGUUAAGGGCAAUGAAAAGGAAAACAUUGACAAGACAGCGACAUGUGCGAAGUAUGGAAAUGAGACUUGGGAAAGCAAACCUCAGGAAAAUCAGGAAAUGGAUGUAGUGGAGGAAGAAAUGGAUGAAGCAGAAGAGACAAAAGCAGAGGCUGUGAUGAGGGAAGAAGUUGAGGUUCUUCAUGGAAGUAUCAUGGAAAUACAUCAUCAAGGCAUAGAUGAACUCAAUGGGGAACUCAGGCAUGUAGGGUCAAUAGAAAAUAAUGCAAGGGAAGAGGGGGAGGAGGAUGGAAGUAACACAAGGGAAGAUGGGGAGGAGGUUGUUCUAGUGCAUUUGGAAGGCAGCACUGUGGAAGCUGAGGCUACAAACAAGGAUCCUCCUGAGGUUGAUGAAGGAGGUGAUUGCAAAUCAGUCCAAGAGAAAAUAGCAGAGGCAAUUGAAAUAGAUCAUCGUUUGAGUUCUGAACCUGAGCCCAGUGAUUCCAGUUCAGAUGAAGAAGAGGAGAACUUCAAAAGUACAGCUCAUGAUAUAAAAGAAGAUGGAGCUUUCUUGGCAGAAGCAGCAACAGCAUGUGAAAAGCAGAAGGCAGCAGAGCAAGGGGCACAAGAGGGGCAAAUGGUGGAUGAGGAAAAAGCACUUGAGGAGCAGGAGGAGUUUGUAGCUGAGGAAGGAGCCACUGACACUGAAGAGGCAGGCAGUGAAACAGCUCUGGAGUUGGAUUUACUGGCUAGGAAAGAAGCAGCAGCUGUGAUGGGAAAGACAGUGGAGAAUGUACUUGCAGUAAAGGAAGAAGCAUCUAAGGAGAAGGCUAGAAUAGAAGAAGAUCUGGAAGAGAGUAGGGUAGGUGAGGAAACGGCAUUUCAGGGAGAAGAGGCAGCUGAGGGAAAUGUAGUUGUGGAGGAAGACAUAAAUGAAGGAGAGGAGGCAGUGGAAAAGACAGCCUGUGAGGGAAAGGUGGUGGAGAAAGUAUCAUCUGAAGGAAAAGAGGUUGUUGAGGAGGUGCCUGAGGGAGAGGAGGCUGUGGAGGAAGCAAAAUCUGAGGCAGAGGAGGCUGUGGGCAUGGCAGGGAAUGUGGAAAAGGAAGAUGUGGGGGAGGCAGCAUCUGAGGGAGAGGAGGCUGUGGCCGAAUGUGAGGGAAAGAAGGUUGUGGAGGGUUCAGUUGCGGAGGCAGAGAAGGCUAUGGAGAAAGCAGACCCUGUGGGAAAGGAAGUUGCAGAAAGAAAAUUGGAAGGAGAGGAGGUUGUGCAGGAGGCAGCUUCCGAGGGAUGGGAGACUAUGGGGGAGACAGAAUUUGUACUGGAGGAAUCAGUAGAAUCAGUGAAGGUUCCCAUACGGGGAACAGCAACUGAAACAGUGGAAUCAGUAGAAUCAAGAAAGGUUCCCAUCGGUGAAGCAGUGUCCGGAGUGGAGGAGGCAGCAGCAAUGGAAACAUCUGAGGAGGAGGAUGUAAUGGAAAUAACCCCAGAGGAGGGAGAGGCAAGAAAUGAAGCCACAGAAGAGGAGUCAGAGGUAGAGGAAUCUCCACCUCUGAGGGAAGAAGCCUCAUUGGACAAGGAAAUAAAAAGGGACACGGCAAUAGAGGAAGAAGCACGCCAAGAUGGGGGGAGCAUAGUGGAAGCAUCUGAAGAUGAAGAAGCAGCAGAAGAUCCGGAACUGGAAGAGGAGGUAGUAGAAGAAGGAACAUUUAUAGGGGAGUCAGUGCCUGAGGAAACAGCAUAUAUGGGAGAAGAACUGGUGAAGGCUGGUGAGGAGGAAGUGGCAGAGAAGGGGGUGUCCCAAAUAGUAGUUCCUGAAAAGAAGUUGGUAAUAGAAAAAAAGGUACCUAUUGCUGAAGAGGCAAUAGAUAAAUCCACAAUAAAUGUAGAGGAGAUGGCUGAGGGGGCAGUGGUGGAGGGUGUGGUGGUAGCUGAGGGGAUGGCAAUGGAGGAAGUGGAGGUGGCUGAGGAAUCGGCAGAGGGAGAGGAAAUGUCAGCAAUAGAAUCUGAGGAGGCAAUGUCAGUGGAGGCAGCAGGCAAUGGGAAAGUAACGGACAAUGAAACACCACCACAAGGGGAGGAGAUACUAGAGAAAUUAGAAUCUGGUGAGAAAGAAAAUGCAGAAGUAUUAUCAGACUGGGACGUGCAGACAGAGGAUGCAGGACAUGAGGAGGGCAUGGAAGAGGAGGAGGCAGGAUCGGAAGCGCAGAAGGUGAUGACAGAGGGGAUAAUACCCGAAGAAGAUAGGAGAUCAGAGAGAACAUUGCCUGAGGUGGAGAAGUUGAUGACACCGUCAUCUCUGAGGGAUGAAGUGGAAGCUGUGGAAGCAGCACCUGAGGUAGAAGGCAUGACACAGGAAAUGGCAUAUCACCCAGAUGUAGUGGAGAAGGAAGCAGUGGAUGAGUUAAUGGCAAAAGUGAGACAUAGUGGUGGGGAUGACAGAACAGAGAAGCGAGAGAUGGAGACGGUGGAGGAGAAAAUCGCACUGAAACAAUUAGACACAAGCAAAAAAAUAAAAAUAGGAAAGACAGAGACGGAGACUUUGGCUGAAUAUCCACAAGGGCUUCAUGGGCAUACAGAUCUGCUUGAAGUCCAGCACAAGGAAGAAACUCCUGCACAUAUAAAGACAGACACCACAGAAACAUCCAUUACAGAAGAGAGAAACUAAGGGGCUCCGUGGCACAUGAAUGCUAUAAAACUGGACAUAAUUAUCUUGCCUUCGAUACAAUCCCUGGAUGGGGGAGAAAGACACAUCUGAGCAUCCUCUGCAGUUCCUUCAAUGAUCUUAUUUUAGUAACAUUUUUUACAAAUCACUGUAGAUUUGUGUGGGUUGGGACAUUCCCUCCCGUCUCAUUUUACUUGAUGAGUAGCAUAACCAUGUGUUUGUUUACUAGACCAGCUCCGGAAUGUGCAACAGAUAACUGAACUAAGCUCAUAGAGCUAGUGUAGGAAAUCACACUCCUUUAUAAUUAUGAUGACAAUAAUAAUAUCGAUCUUUCCACAGCUGUCAUGAAUUUAUUUUCAAGCUACAGAGAAUUCUUACAUUGGUUGAACUUAAGUUCUCCUGCCCCCAAAGAAGUCAGUGGGUUUGUGAUGACUAGCUUGAAGGGAGGAGGAGGAGGCUUGCUGGCACUUCGUGUAUAAUAAUAGAAAGUGCAAAUGUAUGUAUGUAUAUAAAAUUGUAUAUAUGUGAUUGUAUCCUCCCCCCCAAAUUUUUUUUCAUGUCAAUUGCAUUUGUAGAUUGUAAACUCUUUAAGACAAUUGCCAUGUCAUCAUGUAUGUAUAUGUGGUUCCCAAGCACAACAAGGCCUGGAUUCUGAUUGGAGCAUCAAGGUGGCAUUGUAAUGUAAAUAGUAAAUGAUAGUAAUAACAAUAAGAAGCCCAAUUCUGAUCUCACACAUCGAUGGUGUAAGGGCAAUUCCUUCCCUCUGUUGCAUGCAUCCAUUAGUGAGAAAAUGGGCCCUAGAGAGGAAAUUUUUUUUCCUUCAACAUCCAGAGCGGCAGGUCAGGAUUGGACUUCAGAGAGCAUUAGACAGGGGGAGGAGCCAACACGUGUUUGCACCUUGGCUGUGGCUCUAAUGAAAUCUAGUCAGGCCCCAGAUCUUCACCUGUGCACAUGCUGGGGUAUAGAGCAGACAGAAGGUAGGCGUGCAUACUGCCUUGCUGCUAGUGCUUAUAGGCUUAAAGAAUGGCCCACCAGGCAGGCUCCUGCUGCUCCAUGCUCAUGCUGAGCCAGCCUCUGCAUCUGGGCCCCAUCUGUGUUUGACUGCUGCUGAAGUGGUCACAUAAAUCUGACUGUGUUCUGCUGGCAUUUCCAGCCAAGUUUGAUUUGCUUCCUAUGAUCAUUCACACAAGCAGAUUUUGAUUUGGAAGAAAGUUCCUGCAAAGAGAGUUUGCAUGCUUGAAUGUCCAUACACUUGAGCAUUCGCUCUGGGAGGGGCGAUUUGGCUAUCGGUGGGCUUGGAAGUGGUCAGGAAGCAGGACCUGCACCACGUGACCUACAUGACCAGUCACUUAGCAUGAAUAGCAAAUAACAUGAUGCAACAGGGAUGGUAAAUAGCCUGCAAGCAAAUCAAGGGCUGAAAUGUUCUCCCAAACCAUUCACCCACUGGCUGAAUGUCAGAGAAAUGAGGACCAGCAGGUAAGUCAGACACAGCAAAAGAGUCAUUGUCAUUGAAGAGAUGAAUGGCUGGGAGUAUGUUGCUCAGCUCUACUCCACACCCCUGGCACCACUCUGCUUUGCUCUUGCUGGGGCUCCAAAGAGUAAAGCCAAGUUUUUUCCCCCAGCAUGGACCAGUGUUUGUGUGGAGUGAAUGCCAAGUAUUGUCUUUACGAGGCUUACUAAAUGGCACCAAUCUGUUUGAAAUGUAGCUCUUAAUAUUUUUUUCAAUCACCUGAAGGCCAUUGCUCCCCCGGAAGUCUGCUCUUGGAUGCCAUUUAGUAACAGUAAGACCUUGAUUGUGUCUUGUCAGCAUGGCCUGGCUCUGAGGAACAGUGCAGAGCUGCCCUGGCUCAAGGGAGCUCUGGGACCUCCCAGGUAGGCUAAGGGUGUACUCCUGCUCAUAUUCCCUUUCUAACCUGUGGCUGGCCAGCUCUACGGAGUGAGGUGGAGGUGAAGGUGGAACCAUGACCCCGCCCAUGCUAGCCCCCUUGAGAGUGCUUUACAUUUCCAUGGAUCCAGGGACAGAGCAGUCCCUAUGCGAAUGCUCAAGUGUAUGGAUAUUCAAGCACAAGGCCGCUGGAAUUCUGCCUGGUUUACAUAAGCCAUGAAAGGGUCAGCUCCAUGUGCCAUCCCCCAAUGCGGGCCCGUCAGAAUCUGACGCUAAGUUCUAUGAUGGUUUGUCCAGUGGGCUGGCAUUUUCAGAAGCUUCAAUCCAAUGUAGAAAGAUACAUAAAUUGCAAUCAGGGGCCUGAACAAAAUAACUGAAAUAUCCCUGCUAGAUUAGGGGAAAAAAAAUAAUAAAGUGAUCAAACCCCUACAGUAAACUCCACAGCCAGCGGAUUCCUUCAUAGUGAAAAUAAAAAAAAAAGCACCAUGGUUUCCAUGUCCAUUAAACAAGUAUGCAAAUACAAACUUUGGAUUCAAAACAGCACAGGUCUAGGUAUAAACCGCGGGCCCAAUCCUUCUUUUACUUACCUUGCUGUCAACCAGUAGUAAUGUGAUGGGUGUUAUACUGGCAUAAAACUGAUGGAAGUGAGAGAAGAACACUUGGCAACAACUGAUUUUUUUGGUUUACACAAUAGUAAUCAGGCCAUUCCCUUUUCAAAGCCUCACCUUUGAAGGCUUCUCACACUGGUGGCAUCUGCACCAGUGAACCAGGCUACAUGCAGAAUCUUUAAGAGCCCAUGUAUGGCAUGCAUGCACAAUUAGGCAUUGCUAGUGAGUGCUGAGAAAUGCUCUCCCCUCCCUAUGGCCUCCCACACGCUGGGAAUGCUACAAGGUUUAUUUUCCAUCUUAGGCAAUGGAAUAAAAUCAAAUGGAUUUGCAGUGCUUCAUUACACUGAAUUUAUUUUGGGUUUCCACAUGGGGUAAUAAAUGUAAACAUGGUCAAAUACCUUGUGUUUGUUUUAAUAGCUAAUUGGAUUUGUGUUUCUGGGCCAGAGUCCCUAAUAUGCACUUUGAGAAAGAAAAAUAUCCAAGAUAAAUAAUCUAAAUGCAUUUAUUUUAGUAAAAAAGGAAUUUAGUGUGAGUAAACAAAGAAUAAUGAUGGAUUAGCUUUGUAUUUGUCAGUAAUUUAAAUUAAAGCACUGUGUCAAGAGAAGCUGUACUGUACAAUUUAAAUCCUUAUUCUUGUGCAAUACUUUGCUUUGAAAGCAUGUACUUGAGUUGUGACCUUCUUGGUCUAGUUUUAAUCCAAGGAAUGUCCAUAAAAUUUGAAACAGUCUCUUCCAUAGACCAAUAGGUUUUCAGAUUUGUUCAAUAUUAUCAGCACAGUAAAUGGAUUAUAUAUGUUUACACCUUCUACAGGUGAAUAAAUCUGGUAUGUUAAUUGUUCUGAAUUAAAACUUUUCUUCAUGGCCUACCA